AUGGACACAAAAGCCAAACAAUACUGGCGGCACAUCUUUGUACACAAUAGCACCACCCAAUCAUUUGAACCUGAUUCCCUUCCAAUCCAUGGAGAAGGAUGGCAACUCUGGCAGGGCGACCAAAAGGUAAUCAACCCAUCAGUCAACCAUCUAUACAGUAUCAUCCAGGACCCUAUUUCCCAGAAUUGGUGGAUCCGCCACAAUGACAUCCCUCCUCAACUCUCCUCUGAACUCGAUUGGUCUAGCUCAGCCGAUGCCACAUCGAAACUUCCCCCCAGCAAACAGAAAUGGGCCCUGAAAUCUGCUUCUGCAAAUUGUGGUGUUGGAACCACAUUGAUGGAAUGGGAUACCACCAACAAGAUGCCCAAUGUCCACGUUGUGGUGAACUGGAGACUACAUCACACGUCUUCCGAUGCCGGAGUGAAGGCACCAAUGAGAUCUGGACGAAAGGAAUCCAACAGCUUCAGUCAUACCUAG